UUUAAGGUAGUCAUCGUCAGUCCGACUCUACCAAAUCGGUCCAAAAAACUGACGAACUAAUGACAUUCCCAUCAGUAGCGAUGACCAACCCACCAAUACCAAUGGCCAAGAUGGCUCCAGCUUCUGAAAGAAUAUUAGUUGUCUAUGCAUAUUCCGAAAUCGCAUACGAUAGAUAUGAUAGCAAGAGCAAUUUGCAAUUUUUCAUCGAUUUUGCAAUAAACGGCAAACACCAUAGUUACGAUGUUAAUUACGUCAUUGUAGUCAAUGGAUACAAUUGUACUGUUAACAUUCCAGAACAAAACAAUACAUAUGUUAUUGCUCGACCAAAUUCUGGGUUUGAUGCUUGUGCUUGGAAGGUUGGGCUCGAUUAUAUGAGAAAUAAGAAAGGGGAUAAGUGGUAUAAGUAUUUUGUAUUGUUAAAUGCAUCUGUCAGGGGACCAUUUAUACCUCCUUACGCCAACGAUAAACACUGGACAACAUAUUUUACCAAAUUUUUAGAUUCAUAUGUGAAACUAGUGGGGACGAGUAUCUGCUGUUCAAAAAUAUGGCCGGUACAUAUCCAGUCUAUGUUCUUAGUAACUAGCCAAACUGGACUGGCGCUGAUAGAAGAUCUCCUCAAAUGCGGUUAUAGAGACAAACUUGCAGUUACUUUUAAUGUCGAAAUAAAGAUGUCGCAAGCUGUUCUGAAAAAGGGGUUUAACAUAGCGUCCCUUUUAAAACAAUGGGAAGAUCAUGAUUUUCGGGAUAAACAUCGCACAGAUGAAAUGUGCAGUAAACAUAACACCAAAAAGAAUGGAGAUCCAUAUUUCGAAGGAGCUUAUUACGAUGGCAUAGACAUACAUCCGUUUGAAGUAAUGUUUUUUAAAACGAAUAGAGGUGUCAAUCAGAGAGUCCAAGACAUAUACAGCAGUAUGAUGCAGGAAUGGAGACAGAAUUACUCUCCAGAAAAGACGAAAGGAUAUUACAUUGACAAUAAAUCUAAGCAUUAUAUUCGCUUGUCAAACUAAGAGUUCAUAGCCCAGCAAGGUGGGCUGGGUAAAAUUGUAAUUAAUUUGUUUUAUAUUUUAUUGAAUUGUUAAAGACUGACUCAUAUGAAUAAAUAAAUAAACUUACUAACUAUGAUUCAUAUUAUUGUCUUAUUUUGGCUUUUGUGACAUUUGUUCACCGUGUUAUGCCGUAUUGUUUAACGUAGUGUUCGAUUGUUCGACUAGUUUUGUUCAUUGAAGCGUAGC